CGAAGACGCUCCGCGCGGUUCUUCGCUUCUCGGUCGUUCGGUAUCAUUUUCGAAGUGAGCACACCGACUAUCUCAGGGAUCCUACUGUUUUGGCUACAAAGGAGCUCCGAAUGCAGAAACCGGGCAACCGUGCACUUGAGAUUGUCAAGGACCCGGCAGUACUAAGCAACAUCGAGCAGCAUGUUCGCGAACAUUUCGGCGUCCGUGGUGCCGCUCCAGUACCUCGACAUACUGUCACCUACAUCAACCGUCACCCGGCAGUCAGUUACCCAGGAAGUGGUGCCUCAGCGGCUCCACCUCUUCAACAAUCGAGUGGUCAACCGGUCGUCGAAAGGAUGAAAAGCGCUGCCCCAGAACCAAAGACCGUUGCUCCAUCGUUGCCUAGAGAGACCGGCCAGGCAGCGGAAGGAAGCAAACCGAAGCCUUCUGAACUCCCAAAACCCAAGUCAUUUCAGUUACCGGUUGCCGUAAGAGCUCCUGAGACCGGCUCGGGCAGAGCGACUCCAUGCUUAUGCAAAGCGAGGUUGAUCUACGGUCAUCUUGAGCUCAUCCCGGAGGAUGACGAUGAACACGCUGUUCACUCUAAUGGAACUGCUCCAAAGGCUGAAGCUCGGCCGCGUACUUCGCGUUCCUCAGAGAAGAACACGCAAUCGACAAAAGGAAAAAAUCCUCUUAAGAAGCUGUUGAAGGCAAAACUGCGAAUGGAGGAGCACCAGCGGCAGACCAACAUGCAAAUAAUGUGCGAAAUCGUCAUAUGCGUAGUGAUCAUCAUCAUACUCUUCUACUUCCUCGUUCCUACACCAAGUUUCCUGAAGGGUCAUCCUAACAAGACAGUAACAAAGAAAACAAUCACUUCGACGCUGCACCACUGAAGCGCCUAAUAAGCGCUUGUACAUAGUUCGUCUAAUUAAAUAUAUGCCGAAGAGGA